CUUCCAGGGCGCUGAGCUCAGCCGCUCUUUGCAUCGCUCUCCUUGCGCCCAAUGGGCUCCGAGGCGCCGCUGCCGCCCCUCCGCGCUGCGGUACUUAAAGGCGGAGCGGAGCGGGCGGCGGCACUGCGAGCUGAGCCGAACAGCGCCGAGCGGGUCCGAGCGGGCAGGGCAGGCACCCACCCACCGUCAGGCAUCGCCCCCCACCAGCCAUGAGCCAGCGCCGUGUGCCCCCGCAGCGGGCCGACAUGCUGCCCGAGAUCGCCGCCGCCGUCGGUUUCGUCUCCGGGCUCCUGCGGACGCGGGGCUGCGUCAGCGAGCAGCAGCUGCAGGUGUUCAGCGGAGCGCUGCGGGAGGCGCUUGCAGAGCACUACAAACACCACUGGUUUCCUGAGAAACCGUUCAAAGGCUCUGGGUACCGCUGCAUCCGGAUUAACCACAAAAUGGACCCCAUUAUUAGCAAGGCAGCUAGCCAGAUCGGACUCAGCCUCCCGCAGCUCUACCAGCUCCUGCCCAGCGAGCUCACACUCUGGGUGGACCCCUACGAGGUCUCAUACCGCAUUGGUGAGGAUGGCUCCAUCUGUGUCUUGUACGAAGCGACAGCAGCCAAGCCUGUGAGCUCCUAUGGGAUGCUUACCUGUAAGAACCAGAUGAUGUUAGGUCGCACCAGCCCUUCGAAGAACUACAUCAUGACUGUCUCCAGCUAAAUACUCCUCUUGUCCUUACACUGCCAAGACACGGGCUACUGUAUACCUCACCUGAGGAUCUAUUUUUAAAAUGAAGAGCUAUUUAUAUUUUUUAAGAAAAUCUGAGAAAAUCAAAAUUAAAAUAUCAGACGCUGCUUCAGACAGAAGCGGUGUUUUUAGGUGCCUUUUUUUUUUUUUAAAAAAAAAAAAGCUGUUGCAAGCUUGAGGUUUUUAUUAUGAAGCCGAUAUCUACCUAAUUAGUGUUGGAUGGCAGUUUUGGUGAGCUGGCUUUGUCACUGGGAAGCUUGGAAUGGAGGAAGAGGGGGAGGAGGCCAGCUGGGAAGUGUAGCUGAUGACAGGACCCAAGUGUCGCCUCCUCUCUGUCCUGGUACCUGGCAGUGCUGCUGUGUCACCAAGCAUUGCAGCCCUGUUAGGUAAGGGAUGAGUUUCUGCACUUCCUUCACUAACUCAUGCCUAAGCUGGUCUGAUCUCUUGGGAUGAUGUUUGGUAACCCCAAGGUCUGUUUGGUGCUGGGAACCCUGUGAUUCCUGUGCAGUGGAGGUCCCCAAUAUUGUAAAUAUUUUGGUGGCACCCAGUGCUAUUUGUUCCUGGUGCUCUCCAGCACCUGGCUGUCACCACAGUUCGCUGCUCACUGAGAGGGCUACUCCAAGCCCUGAAACCAGCACUGAACUGAGGCCUUUCUCCUCCAUGGGGUUCAGACAUCAGCCCAUGCCCUGCAGCUGCAUCCCCUCUUGUUUGUAAAAGUUGCCUAACCCAACUCUGAUACUGCUCUGUGUCACUUCUCUGGAAGAGCUGAAGCAACUCACCUUGUGCCCUAGAGAUUGGUGUGUAAGUUCCCCUCUUUCCUCUGUCUUUAAAUCUAAAAGUAUUGGGAGAUUCUUCCCCUGUGCUUGUGGCUGCCUGGGGUUGGGGUGCUCGGAUGCUUUGGUAUCCGUGUUGCUUUUAAAUUGACAUAUUUUCCUCCCUCUCUUCCUCCCCUUGGAGCUGUCUUAGCUGAGACCUUGAAGGGUCAGUUUCUGGUUCUGGUUUCUUGGUACCUGUCUUGCACAAUGCCUGGCCCUUCACGUCUCAAAGCAGAGCUCUUCUUGUCGUCCUGGUGGUGUUUUGUGUUCAUGGUGGUUUACCUGAGUGGCGUUCAGGUGUUUGGCCCUCUGGCUUCUGCAGGUGGGGUGGGAACCAAAAGUAUUGCCCCAACACUGGCUGUUGGGGAAUGAGCCUUCACCAGCAUGAGAUGUCCAUUAGCUUUUUUAUGAACCAGCUGGUGCUCCUCCAAUGAUCUCAGUAGAAGUGAUGGGGAAAUUCAGGGCAUUGACGUGGCCUGUUCUAAUGAAACUUCAGAUCUGUUUUGCAGAACAUUUUUAUUUUAACCUUCCUCCUUCCUGAGCUGGCAGCUGACUGGCAUCCUGGAGCUGCUUUUUCUCAGCCUUGGGUUCAAGUUCUCAGACAAUUGUGCAAUAUAUUUCAAAACCAUGGAUGCUCUGGGAGAGGAAGGAAGCCUCCUGUCUGCUACAGUUCUUGGCUUGUUUCUCAAUACAUUAAAACAAAGAAGUGCAGCUCCCCAGUUCUGACUACUACUUAUGUGGGAAAACUUACAGAUUCCUGUAGCAGUUUCAGAUGAUUUCCUGAACUGGAAAAACAGCAUUUUUAUUAAAUGUCAAGUGGUUUUAUGUUGUCCUUGAACAGUACGAGGCGGUUGCUCUGGAGUUGCAUCACUUCAGUUCCUCACAGCAGUGAAGCAGAAGCUGAACUGAAGCGCUGGGACUUUUUCCCCUGGUGCAAUGGGUGACAUCACCCAGAGGGGAGCACUUGGGAACUUCCAAAAAACAAGUUCUCUUUUCAAAGGAGAAAAGGACCAGAGUGUUUCCUGGAGUCCUUGCUUCAAAUCUGCUUGUCUGGGAGCUGCAGUGUGAUCAGGACAAAUGCUGUUUGCUUUGGCCCCUGUGUCUGGGUGUGGGGUUGCCUGGGCUGUGGUGUCUGCCUCCCUGUUACUGUUCCCUCCCUCUUAGCAGAAAAGAAUGUCAGAGGAACAUCCCGCACCAAAGGAACGCGCUAUCGUUGCACUUUCUGUGCUCCUGCUUCUAACACAAAAGCAGCCACGUCCCAUUCCUUAUCCCUGGCGUGGAGGAGCCUCACCUUCAAGUGUCUUGUUAGCUUCAAGCCCAACUAAAUUCAGGUGUAACCCCUUUCUCUUGUAGCUGGUUCCUUGUAAAAGCUGUGAAUUUCUGUGCUGUUGCCUUCUUGCCUACAAGCUGAAAUGGUGUGUUUUCAGGAGGCGUUUGGGGGCCAGGGGGUUGGAGGUUUCCUCUCACUGUUUAAACAAAGCUGGACUGUUGACUGGGACCUGCUUUUUUAUUGGGUGGAUGUGGUGGAAACUUUGUAAGCUACACAUGGAGGAAGAAAUGGAUGGUUACUAAUUGUACAGUAGUGUUUUUAUAUACAGAGUGUACAGAUCCUUAUGCUUUUGUUACUUUAAUAAAAACAUAGCAUUGCUGA